AAGCACUGUGCGUUGCUGUGGCAACGCGUAACUUGGAUAUUUGUUUUCCCUAGCAACCGGACUGCUUACUACCGCUCAUCUCACACCAAGCAAUGUUUGCCCUUUAGACUUCUGUCAUUUCCUAUUUUUACGUAUAUUUUGCCAUUUUAAGUCACGUAUUGACUCGUAAAAUGGAUUCCAACACGCUAUACUAUUCAUUGGACCUCGUUUCUGGUACUGGGUUGACUUUGAGCAGUGAGCAAAGAGCGGCCAUGCAUACUUCCCUGGUGAUCCUGAAGAAAAACUACAAAUUCAACCGCGUCCUGUUUUGGGGCAAGAUUUUGGGCAUAAAGGGCGACUAUUUCAUAGCACAAGGAGUUAAAGAUGAUGAAAUGCGUGACAAAAAUACCCUCUACAGUUUUAACUGUAUAGACUGGCACCUGCUCCCACCUACCACAGAGGACAUGUUGGCUGAGGUGUCGGCGGCAGCGAAGGGCCGUUUCGUGGGCGACCCGUCCCAUGAGUACGAGCACACGGAGACCCGCAGGCAGGGCGAGGGUGACGACGCUGUAGAGGAGGAAGUCUCGGUACGGAUCAAGGUGAAGGAGGAAGUGAGGCUGGCAGCCACGGUCCACACCAUCGAUACGGAAGUGUCCGUGGUUCCACGAGGAGCCUUUAUCCGGAGUCCCCAUGGCCUGGUCCAGACCAACCGCAGCUUUGAAGGUCUGUCGUUCUCCGAGGCGGAAAAGCUGAGAAACUUCCUCCACUUCACGGAGCCCCGGAGUCUGAAGCAGAAGUCCAUCCUGGAGACUGCUGAGAUGGACCCUUCCAUCGACUUCCUGAACCCCCUGAGCAACGACGUCCCCAAAGGGUCCUGGAGCCUGCAUUUUGAGCGGGGCAGCAGUGUGUGUGUGGUGCGUAGCCUGCUGUGGCUAGGCUUGACAGGGUACCACGUCCCCAACACGCCCCAGCAUGGAUACAUCUACAUGGGCGACGGACUGAAGAACAUGGACCUGCCCUUCAUGCUGUAGACCAGCGGAACACAGGGCUGUCUUCAGGACUUAACCUUACUUUCAACUCUACACAAGCUCACUCAACAAAACAUUUUUAGUUUUAUUUAUGCAAAAUAUGUUUUCCCAGUUGCGGAAGUACAAA